AUGAAGACCUUUACCGUUGCUUCUGCCUUCCUCGUUGCGGCCGCUGCCGCCAAGCCUCACCACGGCCACCACGCUCACCACCACGUUGCUCGUGACAACGUCGUGACCGAGAUCGAGUGGCACACCGAGUAUGUCACCCAGACUGAGGUGAUCGAUUCCACCACCACCUACCUGGUCCAGGACGGCAAGACCACUCCCGUGGCUGCUCCCACCAGCAGCGGCCUUGCUGCCUCUGCCGGCGAGUUCGUUGAGCCUUCGUCUUCCACCGUUGCUCCCAGCUCCAGCACCGCUGCGGUUCCCACCACCAGCACCCAGGCGCCUCCUCCUCCUCCGACCACCACUGCUGAGGCCUCGACUUCGUCUGUCUUCACGCCUCCUCCUCCUCCUCCUCAGACCACCUCUUCUCAGGUCUCGAUCCAGGCUGUUGAGCCUCCUGCGCCCUCCAGCUCUUCCGUGGCUCCUCCUCCUCCUCCCCCGGUCUCGAUUCAUAUCCCCUCCCCCUCUCCCUCUCCCUCUCCCUCUCCUUCUCCCUCUCCUAGCCCCAGCCAGCCUGCUGCUGGUGGCAGCAGCGGAAGCAGCAGCGGCGGCACCUUCCAGGGAGACAUCACCUACUACACCGUCGGCCUCGGCUCCUGCGGCGUCGACAACUCCGGCGACGACACCACCCAGAACCUGGUCGCCAUCAACUGGGAGCAGAUGGGCACUCAGUCCAACGGCAACCCCAUGUGCGGCAAGACCAUCACCAUCAGCGCUGGCGGCAAGACCACCACCGCCCUCGUCGUCGACAAGUGCAUGGGCUGUGCCUCCGGCUCCAUCGACGUCAGCGAGAAGGUCUUCACUGAGCUGUUCGGCGGCCUCGGCCAGGGCCGUGCUUCUUGCAGCUGGUCCUUCAACUAA